CGCCGGGCCGGGGCUGCGGGGCAGGACGGGCCGGGGCCGCGCCGGUUCCUCUUUUCCCUCAGCGCUCCGCGCCGGCCCCGGGCGGAGAUGGAGCUCGACCGCAGCAAGGCGCUGCUGCGGGAGCUGCAGAGGGCGAGCGGCACCGGCAACGACCGCUGUGCUGACUGCGGCCGGCCAGGUCCAGAGUGGGCUUCUUACAAACUUGGAAUACUCGUUUGUAUGAGUUGCUCUGGAAUCCAUCGCAAUCUUCCUGGCAUCACCAGAGUCAAAUCCCUUGUGCUGGACUUCUGGGAGAAUGAUCUUAUAGAGUUCAUGAAGAAUCACGGGAACCUCUGUGCCAAAGCUAAAUAUGAGGCCAAAGUCCCUCCCUACUAUUACAUCCCCCACUCCGAUGACUGCUCGGUUUUAAGAGAGCAAUGGAUUAGAGCUAAAUAUGAGCGCGAGGAAUUUGUUGCCACCCGAGUCUGCCAAGACCCUUGUUCUGCAGAGAACCGUGAAGGAUUCCUCUGGAAGCUUGGGCAGGGACGCAGACAGUUCCACAAGAGGAAAUUUUCCCUGUCACCAAGGGAAGGGGUGAUGAAGUACUACGGCAAAGAAUGCACAGGUCCCAAGGCCGUUAUCAGCAUGGAGACCCUGAAUGCCAUGUUCCAGGAAAUUAAAAUAGGACAUUCCCACGGGCUGCAGAUCACCUACAGCACAGAUGGGCAAACGAGGAACCUGUUUGUCUACCACGAAAAUGGAAAGGAGAUCGUGGACUGGUUCAACGCCAUCCGGGCAGCGCGGUACCAUUACCUCAGAACAGCCUUCCCCAAGGUCCCUGAGCACGAGCUCAUACCCAGGAUCACAAGAAAUUUUGUCAAAGAAGGAUAUAUGGAGAAAACAGGACCAAAACACAAGGAGGCCUUUAAGGGACGCUGGUUCAGCCUGGAUUCUCAAGAAAGGAACCUGAUGUACUUUAAAAACCCGCUGGAUGAGUUUGCACGGGGCCAGAUUUUUCUUGGAAGGAGGGAUGAGGGAUAUGAAGUACGACCUGAGCUGCCCAAGGGAAUCCGCAUGAAGAAGAGGAAACCAGGGAUCAUUCUGGUCACUCCAGGGAGGGAGUUUGUGUUUUUGUGCGAUAACGACGAGAGGCAGAAGGAGUGGAUUGAGGCCUUGGACACAGUCAUCUCCCAGCACUGAUGUCCUCAGGGAGGAGCAGACUCAGGCAGCUAUAUCCCAUCUGCAGCUCCUGUCCACACAGGGACAGGGUUGUUUUCAGCAGAGUGGGUUCGAUGUCUUUUACACUGGCACAAUAAAAAUACACAAGUCAAGUUUGAA